CCCCCCAAGAAAAUCCCAAUCACUGCAGGCCCUAUAUAAAGGCGCAACAGGGCGCAAGAAGCAGCGCCGGUGCCGAGGCUUAGGGUGGGCAGGCGACCUGCGUUGAUAGCCAUUUCUGGCCAUUUCUAUUCGCAUCUUCCACACUUUUGAGGAUUAGCAGUCCGCGCACCGCGCAUAAGUCUUGACAAGUGUUCCCCGGUCACGGGAAUAGGGGCUGAGCCCCUUCACAGUCUGAGGCCGAACAACCUCAUCGCCCGGACAUAGCCGGUGUCGGUUUCUACAGGCACAAAGCCAAACCAGGUGCCUAGCAAUCGCGAUGCCACAGCAGAGCGAACCGCAGCCAGACGCAGCAUGCUUGUCCACAGACGUCCACAGCCGCACUACUUGUCAUGCCGCUACGCAUACCCUGCCAGCCCCACCACGGACCGCUACCUAGACACCAGCCGGCUCCUCAGCCUGCGCGCUUGCGCCGCUUCUUGGGCGGCGCUGCGCUUUCCUCCUCCAGACUUUCACGCCAUCCUUAGCGGGUCGAUGCAGCAACACGACCGCGACGCACCUGCCACGUGGUGAUCCGCGGACGUCGAGAAGCAGCGCUGAUGUGCUAACAGCAUGCGUCAGAGCAAGGGCCGGGCGAGUGAGCAAGCAGGAAAGAGGCAGGCGAGCAAGCAGAGAAGAUGGCAGCACAGCGAUGCAAGUACGACAGGCGGGCGCAAUGGCAAAUGGGCAACAGCGGUGGUCGAGUUCCUCCGUUGGUGUACCUCCAGUCGAAACGAAGGGUUGUCAUACCGUAUGCUUGAAAUCUACAUAGAACGCAAGGUGUGCAUGCCAGCAGGUGUAAGAACGCCAUGGA